AUGCCAGCAGCAGUUUUAUCAGGAGACGAUGUUAUUAUCGACACAGCAGCAGACUCCCUAGCAGCAGCAGCAGAAGGAGGAGCUGCAGCAGCAGCAGGAAGAGGAGGAGUAGGGGGAGCAGCAGCAGCAGCAGCAAGAAGAGAAUUGGGUGAUUUAGAGGGGGACUUAGUGCUGCCUAUGCUGCACUUAAGUCUAGAGGAUACAGAAGGUGAUGCUGCUGCUGCUGCUGCUGCUGCAUCAAGAGAGCAGCAGCUAAGCUCCGAUUUGCUGCUAGAGACAGCAGCAGCAGCAGCAGCAGGAGAGACAAGCGAAGCAGAUGAGUAUGAAUCUGCUGCUGCUGCUAACCGCCGCUGCUCGGACUCUGCAUGCAGCCAUCCGCUGCGGCUAACUCUUGAGCUACCUAUGCAUGCAGCAGCAGACAUGAAGCAGCAGAUGGAGCAGCUGCUGCAGGUGCUGCUGCUGCUGCUAAAGACACAAGAGGGAGCAGCAGGAACAUCAGCAGCAGCAGCAGCAGCAGCAACAUCAUCUAUGCUUCCCUCAAGUCUUCAAGGGCAGCAGCAACAAUUGAUUCAAUUGCUGCUGCAGCAACCACAACAGCAGGAUCAGCAGCAGCAGCAGCAGCAGCAGCAGAAUGUACAACUGCAGCAGCAGCAGCAGCAGCAGCAGCUGCCUGCUUCUCUUGCUAAGAAUAUAGAUUCAUUACGUUCUUUGCUGCUGCUGCCAUCAUCUGGUGCUGUGUCUGUAGAGGGCUUGCAGCAACUGCAGCAGCUGCAGCAGCAACUGCAGCAGCAGCAAGAUGAUGAUCAGCGCAGCAGCAGCAGCAGAAGAAGAAGAAAGGGAAAAGGAGGCAGCAGCAGCAGCAGCAGCUUGCUGCAGCGCUUCUCAGGAGCAGCAAUUCAUUUGCUGUCCUUCUUAGGUUUGCUUUAUGCGUGUCUGCUGCUCUGCAGCAGAAUAAAUAAGAUGGCGGAUAAGCAGCAGCAGCAGCAGCAGCAGCAGCAGCUACUGCAGCAGCAACAGCAAAAACUGCAGCAGCAAGUGCAGCAGCAGCAGCAAAAACUGCAGCAACAGCCAUCCAAUAAACAGCAGCAACAUGCUGCUAAUAAAUCGCAACAAGCUGCGCAUGCAGCAGCAGAUAACGGAACAGCAGCAGCAGCAGCAGCAACAGCAGCAAAAAAAUCUGGAAAGGGACACGGGGCAGCAGGUCAGCAGCAGCAGCAGAGCAGCGGCAGAUCUGCAGCAGCAAGACAGCAGCACGGUAGCACCAGCAGCAGCAAAGAACAAACUUAA